AUUGAGUGUGGCUUGGUUCCUGGCCAAGUGAACAGUCCGAAUUGGCCAGGCAACGCAGCCGGACGUGAAAUUGACGCUUAAAUAGGGCACGGGUUCAAGGCUAACAGUAAAUACCUGCGCGAAAAAAUAUAGAAUGGACGACGAUACCGAUAUCUUUGACAUAGAUCCAAAGGAAGCUUGGCUAGAAAAAAUCACCAUUGGCGGCUUUCGGCGCUGGCACAUCAUAGCCUCCGUGCUGGGCAUACUAAUGAGUAUUAUGAUAAUGGUCUGCUGCUGCAUACGCUUUCGCAUACCGCGCACCAAACAGGAAAUCGAAGCCGAUUAUCAACGCAAACAGAUAACCAAAAAGUUUCGCGAGAAAUUGCAACAGAUUAAAAACUCCGAAAUGGACGAUAUGGAUCUGCAGAAAGCACUUGCUUAUAUCAAAUUGGAACAAUAUGAUGAUCCCUAGAGCCUUUCUAUAAAUUUACAAAACGCAAAACAACACCAAAAAAAUACGCACUAUUGGAAUAAAUUUGUACUUCUAUACUAAUCCUAUAUAAGAAACCACUGCCAAUUCUGUGCGCGCAUUCAGAGCGACUAUCUGAACCUGCAGGCUAGUGUGGAAAGCAUGAACGAGAAGCAGAAUGUUAAAUUUAAGAUCUAAUCUGUUAUACAACUUAUAUACUUAUAUAUAACAUCAUGAUAAUAAAACUAGAGCGCAGUCCACA